AUGCGAUCAUACUGUCGGCACUGUAUGUUUCACGUGUGUGUUUUUCUGGUGUGCACUACAGUUGGGGCGCAUGCCGGUGGUCGUCUGGCGAGCAGUGAGAGUGUUGGUUGCUGUAGUUUUUCUACUGUUACUGGCGACACGGCGGUGAGUCUGUCAGUUCCCAGCCUGUUUCGGCGGCUGUGGCUUCACCUGCGUCAUGGGGCGCUGCUGCGGUUUGCUGCGGAGGGAGUGUCGACUCCAUACGCGUUCUUCAGUUUUAGUGUUUCGACUCCUCGAAUGCUCGAGCGGUGCUUUCCGUGGAUUGGCGUUCUCCAUGACGCCGCGUCCCGCUAUUUCGGCCCGGGUGUUUACUUGGACAGUCGUUGGAGGUCCCCUGAAGUGGCAGACCGCGUUUGGCGUGCGAUGACCCCAAAAGGUUUUGCCGCAAUGUGGUGUUGUCGUUGUGUGACGGGUGUGCUUCAAACAAAUUGCUUUAGAACAAGAAACGGGCCCGCGGAGUAUUUAUUUCAGGUAUCUGGUAAGGAGCAGGCAUCCUGUGAGGUCCACUAUUCGGGGGAAGUAAAUGCUGCGGAUACCGAAGGGGAACGGGAGCAUGAACCCUCCUGCAUGAUGUCUUGGCUGCGUCCUCUGACUCUCUUUGUGAUGCGCACGGGCAAAACAUCCAUGGUGGUGUUUGCCGUGACAUCAUGUGCCUCGAGGACAAAUUUGUCGUGGCUGCCAUUUCCAUGUGCCGGUGGCCCACAGUAUGUGGCGUUGUGUUACACCGAGAUGACGCUGAUGUUAUUGAGCUUAUCGUUUUUUAUCUUUUCUCCCCCGUUGAGCCUUGGAUCACUCACCGCAGCAACGCCAUGA